ACAACAGGUUCUCCAGAAGCCACAACAACUACUUCUUCUCCACAAACCACAACAACAUCAGUAGUUACAGAAUCCACAACAACUACUGCUUCUCCACAAACCACAACAACAUCAGCAGUUACAGAAGCCACAACGACUACUGCUUCUCCAGAGACGACAACAACAUCAGUAGCUACAGAAGCCACAACAACUACUGCUUCUCCAGAGACGACAACAACAUCAGUAGCUACAGAAUCCACAACAACAGCUGUUGCUCCACAAGUCACAACAACUACUGUUCCUACAGAAACCACAACAACAGGUGCUCCAGAAGCCACAACAACUACUGCUUCUCCAGAAACCACAACAACAUCAGUAGCUACAGGAGCCACAACGACUACAGCUUCUCCACAAACCACAACAACAUCAGUAGUUACAGAAGCCACAACAACAGCUGUUGCUCCACAAGUCACAACAACUACUGCUUCUCCACAAACCACGACAACUUCAGUAGCUACAGAAGCCACAACUACUACUGCUUUUCCAGAGACAACAACAACAUCAGUAGCUACAGAAGUCACAACGACUACUGCUUCUCCAGAGACGACGACAUCAGUAGCUACAGAAGCCACAACGACAACUGCUUCUCCAGAGACGACAACAACAUCAGUAGCUAUAGAAGCCACAACGACUACUGCUUCUCCAGAGACGACAACAACAUCAGUAGCUACAGAAGCCACAACGACUACUGCUUCUCAAGAGACGACAACAACAUCAGUAGCUACAGAAGCCACAACGACUACUGCUUCUCCAGAGACGACAACAACAUCAGUAGCUACAGAAGCCACAACGACUACUGCUUCUCCAGAGACGACAACAACAUCAGUAGCUACAGAAGCCACAACAACAGGUGUUGCUCCACAAGUCACAACAACUACUGUUUCUCCAGAAACCACAACAACAGGUUCUCCAGAAACCACAACAACUAUUGCUUCUCCACAAACCACAACAACAUCAGUCGCUACAGAAGCCACAACUACUACUGCUUCUCCAGAGACGACAACAACAUCAGUAGCUACAGAAGCCACAACAACAGCUGUUGCUCCAGAGACGACAACAACAUCAGUAGCUACAGAAGCCACAACAACAGGUGUUGCUCCACAAGUCACAACAACUACUGCUUCUCCACAAACCACAACAACAUCAGUAGCUACAGAAGCCACAACGACUACUGCUUCUCCAGAGACGACAACA